AAGAGGAUUACUAGUUGGUAGCCAAAGGUUGGUGAGGCAGCGCGACUGUGACAGUUCGACUAGCUAGAGUCACCGGGCAUGGUUUGAACACGAAGAAAACGCAGCUACAGGCGCGCGCGGCGGAGCCUUGCGGUUGCAGGGGAGAGAGGGGAGAGGGUCCCUCCAACCGCGACAUGCUGCCGCGCUCCCACUCGCACCCGGCGCGGCGGCGCUCCGGCCUCGGCCCGCAGCUCUGCGCCGUCGCCGCGGCGCUGCUCCUGCUCCUCUCCCUCGCCGUCCUCCACUCCCGCCUCUCCUCCUCCUCGCCCUUCCCCCUCUCCUCCUCGUCCCGCUCCCCCGCCACCGACUCCGCCACCACCAACUCCACCGCUCUCCUCGCGGACGACGACGACGACCCCGUGCCCGCCGCGCUCGACCCCGACCUCACCCUCGCCGCUGUGACCACAGCUGCCGCCACCGAGGGCGCCGCGGCUACCAACCCCGACGACGACCGCAUCGACGAGCUCGACGUGCUCGACGAGGACGACUCCUCCGCCAUCACCGACGCGGCCGACGACGUGCCCGCCUCCGCCACCGCCGCGUCCUUCCUCUGGGACCACGCCGCCGGCGUCGCCCGCCUCCCCUUCCGCCUCCCCCCCGCUGGCGACCCCCCGCCCGCGGGGUUCCCCCACUUGGACUCCCCGCGUCGGAUCGCCGCCGCCGCCUUUGGAUCCGACGACGAGCCUGUGGAUCUGGACCUGCGGGUGGAGAUCUCGUCCAUCAGCGGCAUUGAGGACGCGCUGCUCCUCAAGCCCGCCUCCGGCCGUAGCGAGACGCGGCUCCGCUCUGGUUGGGCGCGGUGGCUGGAGGGGAAGGCGGACUACCUCCGGCGCGAUCGGAUGCUCAGGUCCAACUUGGAGUUCCUCAAUCCUCGCAACCACCCUCUGCUCCAGGACCCGGACAGUCCUGGUCUGACUUCACUCACCCGUGGCGACCGCAUGGUGCAGCGGAUGCUCAUCUCAGAAAUUGAGAAAGACUCAUCCAAGAAUUUUGCCCGGCGGAGCCUCAAGUCGUCCGACAAUGAGCAUGGAAUAGGAGCCAUUCUGAAGGAGGAGCCGGAAGAAGUUAGGAGGUGGGGACACUUUCCAGGAAUUGAUCCACAUUUGGGGUUCUCAGAGUUCAUGGAAAGGUUCUUUGAGCAUGGCAAGUGCUCCAUGAGGGUGUUCAUGGUAUGGAACAGCCCUCAGUGGGCGUAUGGUGUUCGGCACCAGCGUGGGCUCGAGAGCUUGCUCCUGCAGCAUCCUGAUGCCUGUGUGGUCAUGCUGUCGGAGACCCUGGAGCUGGAGGCCUUCCAUGAGUUUGUGAAGGAAGGACACAAGGUUGCAGUUGCAGUGCCAAAUCUUGAUGAACUUUUGGAGGGCACACCAACCCACAUUUUUGCAUCGGUGUGGUAUGAAUGGCGGAAAACAGUAAAUUACCCCUUGCAUUACAGUGAGCUAGUACGCCUUGCUGCUCUUUACAGAUAUGGUGGUAUAUACCUUGACUCUGAUAUUAUUGUACUCAAACCAUUGAAAUCCCUCCGAAAUUCUAUUGGUACUGUAAAAGAAGUUUCUAGAGGUUCCAGUUUCAGUGGUGCUGUAUUGGCAUUUGAAAAACAGAGCCCAUUUUUGCUCGAGUGCCUGAAGGAAUGGUAUUCAACAUAUGAUGAUACUCUCAUGCAGUGGAAUGGUGCUGAACUUAUGACAAGAGUAAUAAGAAAUCAUUCUGACAGUGAUCCAAAUAGGGAGCACCUUGAGAUACAGUUGGAACCCUCAUUUACAUUCUACCCCAUAAAUUCUACGGAUAUCAAUAGGUACUUCUCUGAACCAAACAGUACGGCUGAAAGAGCACAACAUGAUGCUCUGUUUUCCAGGAUUCUGAACUACUCUACCACUUUCCACUUCUGGAACAGCAUUACAUCUUCUCUGGUUCCUGAAUCCAACAGUCUUGUUGAGAGAAUUCUUAACCAUUACUGUCUCCAUUGCCUUGAUGUUCUAUAGUUGGUAGCAACCUGGAGUUCCCACGAUGAGCUUCAUAUUGGUUUAGAAUACAUAUACAGAAGAAAUUCGCCAGUCUAAUGGGUACAAAAUAUGGCUAGUAUACUGUUGAAGUCUGCCUAAAAAGUGUAACGGGGAAAAUAUUAUGGUGGCAUUGUAGAUAUAUAUUCUUUUCAACAGGGUAUCGGCGGUGAUGCUACAACCAAGUGCAAUUUUGGUGACUUUGACCCUUUUUGUUGUUGGUGUUGAUAGGAAAUCUGCUUACUGCAAAUAUUGAAUUCAACAACUUGGGCAUUUGAAAUUAAGAGGUUUGAGUAAAUGAGUGUUUUGAUAUUCA